CGAGUUGCAGAAGAUUCGAUUCAAAGCUCUGCGCUUCUUUUGCUCGACGGCGGAGAAACCAGUAAUUUUGAAACACCUAAACAUUCUCUCUCAUCGAUGGAGCCCGAUGACCUCGUCGAUGGAGUCGCUGAAGAGCCACUGGCUCACGCCGUGGAAGGGGAGGAAGAUGGAGAUAUCGAGGAGGAAGCGGAGGACGAGGAGGAGGAGGAGGAGGAGGAGGAGUACCGGCUUGAAUUCGAUGUGGAGAUGGACCCUUUGGGCUUGGCGCAAGAGGGUGUUGAUGGUGGUGUGGAGCUUUACCGCCAGUUCGAGCGUCUCGAGUACGAGGCUCUUGCUGAGCGGAAGCGGAAGGCCCUCCUGGACCAACCGCGGGGUGAGCCUGUGAAGAAGCCGAGGCAAGAUGAGUACCUGGGAGCGACCAUGGAGGAGAUCAACGAGAUGAUGAACUUUGGUUCACGCAGGAAGUCUAGAGCUCGUAAGAAACGAGGAAGGCGGAAGGGAUCACGGAAGAAACUUAGCCCUGAAGUCACUAGAAAGAUUGGUGAUGCUACUCUUCAUUAUGCAUCUGGAGAUUAUGACAAGGCAAUUCCGUUACUAGAAGAAGUUGUGCGUAUUGCCCCAAAUUUGCCUGAUGCGUACUAUAUACUUGGUCUUAUUUAUGAUGCCAUGGGUAACCGGAAAAAGGCUCUUAAUUUUCAUAUGAUUGCUGCACAUUUGUCACCUAAGGACCCAGCUCUCUGGAGAAAGCUCAUAGCGUGGUCCAUUGAAGAAAAAAAUACUGGUCAAGUGAGGUAUUGUCUUUCAAAAGCAAUAACAUCAGAUCCAAAAGAUGUGGGACUUAGGUUUGACCGGGCUUUGUUAUAUUGUGACCUUGGAGAAUAUCAGAAGGCUGCUGAAUCAUAUGAUCAGAUAGUAGCUCUCUAUCCUGGCAAUAUUGUAGCACGCAAGAUGGCUGCUAAGAUGUACCGAGAAUGCAGUCAGCUUGAGAAGGCUAUUAGUAUUUUGGAGGACUAUGUCAAGACCUAUUCUUCAGAAGCUGAUAUUGGCACUUUUACCCUGCUCGUUGACUUCCUUAUGGAAAAUAAUUCACAUAUUCUGGCACUUCAUCAGAUUGAAUAUGCCGCUAAGUCAGUUUGUCGAUCUGAUGAGGAAUUGCCACUUCAUCUGAAAGCGAAAGCAGUAAUUUGUCAUGCAUAUCUUGGAAAUAUUGAAUUUGUUGAGAAUUUCCUCAUGGAUGUGGAAUCAGUGGGCACUGAAAAUUGUGCGGACAUGAUUACAGAAAUUGGCGAUUCAUUGAGAGAACUUCAGUAUUUUGAUGCUGCAUUGAAGUUUUACUUAAAGUUGGAGCAUACCGCUGGUGAGGAUAAUGGUAACUUACAUCUAAAAAUUGCUCAAUGUUAUGCAUCCAAGAUGGAAAGAGGGCAUGCAAUUUCAUUCUUCUAUAAAGCAUUAUCUAGGCUGGAGAACAAUAUUGAUGCCCGUUUAACCCUUUGCUCUCUCCUUCUCGAGGAAGGAAAAGAGGAUGAAGCAAUUGGUGUGCUCUCACCUCCUAAAGAUCUGGAACAGAUAUCCAACUUAGAUUCACUAGCAAAAUCUUGGUGGCUCAAUGGGAAAAUUAGAUUACAGCUUGGUAAAAUAUAUCACGCGAAAGAUAUGCUCAAGGAGUUUGUUGAUGCCAUAUUUUCAUGCAUCAAGGACACCCUAACAAUUGAGAUCUUGAAUCAAAAGGUGAAAUCAAAGAAAAAACUUACAAAAAGCGUGCUUGUUGAGAGAGCCAAAUUGUUGGAUGAAGAACAGACUGCUAAUGUGUUUCAAGGUUUCAAACCAAUUGCAACUACAUCAGAUUUAGUCAAAGCAUCUAGAGCUAAGAAGUCACUCCAAAAGAAGGCAGUUAUCAGAGAAGAAAAAAAAGCAGCAGCUUUAGCUGCUGGUAUGGAUUGGCAAAGUGAUGAUUCAGAGGAUGAGACUCCAAGAAAGUCACCACAAGAGCCUCCUCUUCCAGAAUUUUUGAAGAAUGAGGAACAUUACCAACUGAUAAUAGAUCUUUGUAGAGCACUGGCAUCCUUGCGACAAUAUUCGGAUGCUCUAGAGGUUAUUCUUUUAACUUUGAGAUUAACAAACAGUACUAUUUCUGACAAACAAAAAGAGGAGCUUCGAGCUUUGGGUGCUCAAAUUGCGUACAACACAACGGACCCAAAGUAUGGAUAUGGCUUUGCACGAAAUAUAGUUCGGCAGCAUCCUCACAGCAUGGCAGCCUGGAAUUGCUACUAUAAGGUUGUUUCAAGAUUUGGAAGCCGGUUCAAAAAACACCCCAAGUUCCUCCACCAUAUGCGGACACAGAAAGAUUGUGUACCUCCAAUGAUCAUGCUGGGCCAUCAAUUUACCAUGUUAAGCCAGCAUCAAUCAGCUGCUAGGGAAUAUCUGGAAGCAUAUAAAUUGCAACCAGAAAAUCCACUCAUCAACCUUUGCGUAGGGACUGCCUUAAUAAAUUUAGCUCUUGGACAUAGGCUUCGGAAUAAACACCAAUGUAUGACACAAGGCCUAGCCUUCCUCUAUAACUAUCUACGCAUCUGCAACGACAGUCAGGAAGCAAUGUAUAACAUCGCCAGAGCAUAUCACCAUGUCGGCCUUGUUACGCUGGCUGUUUCGUAUUAUGAAAAGGUUCUUACUACUCAAGAGAAGGACCAUCCCAUUCCUAGACUUCCUUAUGAGGAGAACUUUUCGGCUUCUGAUAAUUAUCAUCCGGGGUUCUGUAGUCUUCACAGAGAAGCAGCCUACAAUUUACACCUGAUUUACAAGAAAAGUGGCGCUGUUGAUCUUGCUAGACAAAUCUUGAAACAAUAUUGUAAUCCUUAAUCAUUUCUUGUUGGUUUUAUGAUCCUUUUGUCUUGUAAAUUAUUGUUUUUUUGGUCGAAGAUAAUGAUUAUUUUUGAGGCAAGGUAUGGCCAAAAUUAGCCAUUGCUUGUUUGUUUAGGUUGAGUGAGGAAAAGAAAAACAAGGAAAACUAUGCGUAGUUUUUUUUUUAGUAAGCUGUGGAUAGGUCACUACACACAAACUUUAUUUAAGUUUCAAUCAUAAGAGAAAAUGUAUUGAGAGGAAGUCUUCAA